AUGGAGGUUUCAGAGACAAGAAACUUUAUUAAAGAUUUGGAUUUAACCCUACAACCUCGCAUUUUUCCACGAUAUAAAACUUGGCUUCCCCUUGCAACACAACAGUUAAGACUCAGAAAUCUUAUACAAAUAAUAGGAUGUAAUUUGAAAACGAAUGUAAAUAAUGAAAUUUGUUCGUUUUAUUAUACUCUACAUAAAACAAGUAUGUCUUCUCCUUUAUAUACAAGUGAAGCAAUUGAUAAUGUAAAUCCAAGAUGGUCAAGUUUAGAAGUACCAACUAUAUAUGCCACCAAUUACUCUGCUGCCAGUGAAAUCAUUAUAAGGCUACGGAAAAAGAUGGUUGUAGACAAUAUAACUACUGAUAUGAUUGUAUUUACAUGGGGUAUAUCUUUUACUGGAUUGGCAUAUAUUGGUCCAAAACUACCAAAUAAUUUAGAAACCAUUUUAAAAGAAAAUUCUUUAAUUUUUCAAUUUCAUGGUGGUUUUUUUGCACCAGUAUAUUGUUUUAUUGAAGUUCCUGAAUUAAAAAGGUAUCUACAUAUAAAAGUCAAUGUAUCUGAAAUAAGAGAUAGUUAUACCGUGAGUAAGCUUAGUAGUUUAAGGAAUAAAAUGCAAGCACUAAAACAGCAGACAGAGUCAGUACAAGCACUUCAGAUGCGAAUUGCUUCUGGAGAUAAUUUUCAUGUCCCAAAGUAUCCACAAUCUUCAUUGAAUAGAUUAUUUCAACCUCGUAAAAUAAACAGAGAAAAAAAAGCUGAGAUAUUAAAAAUACGCAAAGAAUUAGAAAUAGCAAAAUUUAGAACAAAAUUAUUAGAACAAGAAAGAGCAAGAAAAAUGGGAGAAAUAAGAAUGUUAAAUCAGAUGCAUUCUAAUAUUAUGGAAGAAAAUCAAGAUUAUGGUUGUGAUAUAAUGGAAAAAUAUAGACAAUUAAAUAAAGAUAUUGAAAAAUUACGUGAAUGGAGACAAAAUCAAAUAGAUACAAGAGAAAUAUAUGUUCAAUUGAGCAGUCAACUUGCUUAUAGAAGAAGACAAUUGAUUUCAGAAUUAAGCUUAAUAUAUCCUAUUUCUCAGGAUGGAAAUGGGAAAUUUAGAAUACAUGAUGUUCAUUUGCCAGAUAGUGAGGAUUUAGAAUUAUCAAAUGAUACUGAAGUUGCUGUAGCAUUGGGAUUUGUUGCACAUACUACACAAAUGAUUGCUAAUUUUCUUAACAUACCUACUAGAUAUCCUAUUAUACAUUAUGGAUCACGUAGUAAAGUUAUAGAUCAUAUAACAGAGAACUUACCUGAUAAUGAAAGACAAUUUCCUCUAUUUGCUCGAGGCAAAGAUAAGCUGCAAUUUCGUUAUGCUGUUUACUUACUAAAUAAAAACAUAGCUCAAUUAAGAUGGUAUUGCGGCCUUGCAACAACAGAUUUAAGGGCAACACUUCCAAAUCUUGCUACUUUGAUAAAUAUUAAACCAAAUCAAUCUCAUUUGGAUAAUUCAAAACGAACAUAUUCUACUUCAUCUUUAGAUAUUGAAGUUGGAAAUAGUAAACAAAGUGUAACGCCACCAAUACAAAAAAUAAUCUUUGAAAAAUGUCAUCGAUCUUCACGAUCUAUGAGUCAGUUAAAAAGUAUAAAAUCUUCUCUUGGUUCUUCUUUGGAUCAGGGUUUAGAUAAACCUGUACAGUCACUUGUUUUAAGCAGUCAAUCAAAACGGAUUUGUAAAUCAGAAGAAAGUGCCAUAGACAAUAAAACGUUGGUAUUAGUAAAAGAUAGAUCAAGUAAUAGUAGUAAUGAAACUUUAGAUAACGCUAUUUUAAAUAAUAUGAGUGGUACAAACAUUGAAGAUAGUACUCAAGUAAAUAACGAAACUACAAUAGAGAGUAACAUUGAAAUUAUGAUACCAACAUCAGUAUCAAAGUCAACUACUAAUGUUACAGAUAGUUUUGAAGGUUCAGUAAGUGUAAGAGAUAGAAGCUCAAAUUCUAUAAGUAGUUGUGAAAUGGCACUUAAUAAUAGUCAGAAUGGAGAUGAUAGUUCAAAUGAUAAUAACAUACUUAAAAAGAAUGAAACUAAAGAACCUACUUCAGUUAUUAAUGAAGUCUUAAUAAAUAUUAACAAUGUUGUAGAUAAUUCUUUAAAAAAUGGAAAACACAAUGCAGAUUAUAAUUUAGAAAAUGAAACUCUACAAGAUUAUGAUAAUCUUAAAAUGACAAUUAGUGAAAAAAGUUGUAGUGAUCAUGAAUAUACACCAGUAGCAACAGAAACUUCAACAUAUAAUAAAGAACAUUUUGCUAAGUCAUGUUUAUCUUUAGAUGACAUAAUGUCUUGUGCUUAUGAAGAAACUGAAAAGAAACAAAGAACAAGUUCAAUUUGUAGCUAUCCAGAAGACUACCUUUCAUCAAAAUAUCUUAUGUCACGAAAACGAUAUAAUUCUGAAUCAAAGAAAGACAGAAUGGAAUCUAUACAUUCUAAAAAUUGGUGCCACAAUAACACAAGUAGGGAAUCAAUGUUGGAAUCAGAAUUAAUACAAACAGCACAGAAAUCAGAUUGUUAUUCAUAUGAUGAAACAACUAAAUGUGACUUUCAAGCAUCAAGCGAAUACAUGGACAUUAUUAGACGUAGUUCAGAAAAUGUAUACGCACGCACUGAAGCAUUAGCUAAUAAGAAAACUAGUUUUAAGGUUAUGAAACCACGACUGUAGUAUUUGUAGUCUACAAUCUAACAAAACGCUAUUAUUCUUGUAAUAGUUAAUAUCCGAACGCACCAAAUCCAAGAGA